AGUACAGAACUGUAGGAUGUGAAAUGGCAUUAGAGGACCUGGGUACAUAGAGAAAACCCCAAUAAGAUGUAUUUGUUGCUGUUAUCUGUUAUAUUGGCGGGGGUGGAUGGAGCUAACAAGUUCAACAUGUGUUGCUCUAUAAGGGCGUUUAACGUGGAACCCUGCAUGAUAAAGGAUGGGAGAGUGUUGGAAAACUUCUCCAGUAAAGACAAGAUAGCUGCUUUUCCCAUUACAAACGGUACCGACGUGAUGGAUUGUAGGAUGUAUGGCGAGGAGUCAGCCAGCUAUUAUCUGAACUUUGCUAGUGAGACACUCGUUAAUAUGGAGGACCCUGGAAUCAACAUCCUCAACACGGGAUUAGUGAACAGCACAACGACCCCCUUCACGGUAAACUUUACCUGUCUUCAGUCGCAGAAAACUUUCAUAAAAGUUGAAGCUCACAUCAAGGACUUUGAUGACAACACAGAUCACUUUAUCUUUUACCUUGCCAAAAACUGCACAACGCCAACCUCCAUUAUUAUCACUGACAACAAGAACGCGAUGAUCCUGUACGCAGUGUGCGGGGUUCUGGCUCUAGUUCUGAUAAUUGUGAUCGUGGUAUCAGUGGUGUGCUACAUAAGAAUCAGAAGGAGGGCCCUCAAUCACAAGUGUAUGACCGAAGGAGGAGGAGUGAACAUGGGUCCCGCGCGGCACCCUAACGGCUACACUCCUCUCCCGGACAACUCAUAUAACAACCAGUACGGCACGCCUCCCCACCCUAGUCAGCAGUCCGGCUACACCCCGUACAACCCUGGCGGACCCGGUCAACAGUCUGUCCCUUCCCUCCACAGCUCUAAUCAACAGCAGAAGAUCAUGCCAGGCUACGGGUACAGCUCCGGAGAAGGAAGUUUUCUGUCAGAGCCGCAUCACAACAAGAUGACCGGAGGAGGGUUGCUGCCCCCAGCGUAUCCUAACGGACACGGUACUUCGCCUGAACUUAAGAUAAACAGAUCCUCUGUCGUCUUCGAUACUUUCCUGAAAUCAGGUUCCAUAGGAAUCACCUACCUGGCUACCUACACCCGGGACGCAGCCCUCAACCAACGCUCCACCGUAUUCGCCAAGACCCUCAAAGAGGAGAUGUGUAACAGAGAAACUGUAACUGCGUUCCUGCGUGAAGCUGUCAUCUUAGAGCUGGUCGCUCACCCAAACAUUCUAUCAGUAACAGGUAUUGUGGAGGAGGGGAUUACCAAGCCUCCUAUAGCAAUAUACCCCUAUAUGAAGGGAGGCAAUCUACACAGCCUGCUUCACAAGGCUAGACCUAGUCCAACCAACCCCAACACCCUGACUCUAGCUGAUCAGAUACACAUGAUGAUAUGCGUGGCGCGCGGUAUGGAGGCCCUCUCCAAAACGGGCAAUGUUCACGGUGAUCUGGCGGCCAGGAACUGUGUUGUUGGGAGUGAUCUGGUAGUGAAGAUAGCAGACAGUGCUCUGUCACGUGACUUGUUCCCUAAUGACUAUCACGAGCUACCUGGCAGGGCGCCAGGGUGCCCGAGACUACCUAUCAAGUGGAUGGGAAUUGAAGUUCUCACUGAUCUCAUGUACUCGACUAUGAGCGAUGUUUGGGCGUUCGGAGUCACUUUCUGGGAGGUGUUGACGUUUGGAGAGGUGCCCUAUGUGGAUGUGCCAACCGGUGAGAUGGUGAAACACCUCCAAGGUGGUUGGAGACUAAUGCAGCCUGAUGUCUGUACAGACGAACUGUUUACCCUUCUCGUGAGAUGCUGGGCUAUCAGCCCCGAGGACAGAAUGUCAUUCACUAAUAUCCUAGCUCAGCUGGAAGCGGUGCAGUGUAAAGGAGCUAUGGGUCUCUACCGACCUUCCGUCUUGGAAGGAAUCCUGAAACCCCCUCCACCCACCUCCCCAUCAACUCCCAUGUCAGACUCUGAUCAGAUCCAAGUGUAAUCAGGCUAGCUAUGACGUCAUCAUGACGUAGUAAUUUAUGACGUCAUCUUUUGUUCAAGAUAUAGAUUGAGUGUGUCGACCUCAGGAGGCUAAGCUGGACUGCAAAACGAGCGCUCUGAUUCUCGUAGGAGAGAUCUUAUUAUGAUUUAUUUUUGAGUGAUGUUUAUAUUAAAUAUUUCGAUCAUGAAUUUAAAUAAUGGCCAUGAAGAUCUUUGAAGGGCCCUGUAACUAAGGCCAAGGUGUUGCCAUGGCAACCAGAGUUCAGAUAUGUGUUGUACUUAAGUGGACUGCCGCCUACGGACUACAGACUCACGACUAGAGUGCUUAUCUUUUCUCUAACUCCACAAAAAUGUCGUGUCAUAAAACGUUAUAUAAUGUAAUUAUGUAUGUCAUGCCGAAAAAUUCACACUCGUUAUGCAACCUCAUAAAUACACUGGGACCCUCGACGAAUAGUAACUUUAAAGAAUUAUCUUCCUACCCGAGAAUGUGCCUCACCUGAUUUUCCAAAAAAGUGAGCAUACUAGAGAACAUACUAGAGAGCCUUCAAAUAUGUAGGGUGUAGGAUAUAUAAGGACGCAAUGAAACUACCGGACCACGAUGUAUGGGGACUUGCCAACCCAUGGCAAUAUUAAAAUAUAUCGACUCUGUUACAUCGUUUCCUGUUAACAUAAAACUCCGUUACAAAUUGAACUGGGAUCUGGCAUAUAAUGUAGGAUAUAUGUAGGGUGUAGGAUCAAUCUAGGCUACGAAAGAUCCCCGUGCAGUGUACUGUAGGACCCCCUCAGGUCGGGGGCAGCAGAGAUAACUAAUGAGCAGCUAAAAUAUGCUUGGUAUUCAGAGGACCGCCGCGCUAUAACAUUAGUCUCCGGUGUGUACUCUUUACACUGUUCCCACAGAGUAGUUACACAGCAGGUCACCCAACCAGUGUGUCGUCUCCCACCUGUAGCAAUGGUGGGGUGUGUCGUCUCCCACCUGUAGCAAUGGUGGGG